AUGAUUUACAAGCCCAAGGCGUGGAGUAUCAGUUUUGAUCUGCUCUCGGUGGAUGAAGCUCUUUGUGAGAGCUCGGAUGGCGUCGGCAGUGUUUGUAUAUUUAUGGCUCAUUUGGAUCGCGCUGUGGCAACUGGACAAAUAUUCGUGUGGAGGAUGAAGAAUCGGUCAGAAAGACAAAUUCUAUUAGAAGAGGUGUCUUUCAAGGACAGCCCAACUAUCAAAUGCUUGGCGAGGAUUGGAAUCGAUUAUGAGAGUAUCGAUCGUCAUGAGACGUUCACCUCUAUGGGAUUGGAUUCGCUACAGUGCGCCGAACUGGAGAUGGCAUUGCAGUCGGAGUUUCCCAGCUACAGUAUCCCAACUGGCAUCGCGAUGACGAAGAACACCGUCGAAGAAAUGGACACCUAUCUCAUGUCGUGUGUCGUUGCUUGUGAAAUCAAUAAUAAAGAUGACGAUGCUUAUUCGGGUCAUGUUCCUUUAUCUCCUCAGCAGAGGGGUUUGGUGUUUAUGAGUGAGCUUGAGCCGCUCACGAGGGCUCAAUUCAACGAGCCUGUGGUUUUCGCUAUGGAUGCUGCCAUUUUCGAUGAACGUCGAUUUUUGAGGGUCUUGAAUUCUAUAGUCAUGAGGCACUCCGUUCUACGCACCAAAUAUUAUGCUAAUGGCCAGACUAUACUUUCUGGCACGGGAGCGUUCUUCACCUGUAGAAAAUCGUUGAUGGAUCCGCAAAUUUUCGUCAAGGCCCCCAUGGAUAUAAAAGAUUCCAGUAUGCAUGUUGGUGGUAGCCACUCAGUGUUCGCGUUGUGGUCGUGCCUCGUUCUUCCACCUAUCGCAAUGAUGCCAUCAAUCACAAUCAUUAUGCGGAAACAAUACGCGGACUAUGCCAGGCAUACAGUUAGUUUCAAUCACAACGAAAGGUUGGCGAAGUGGCGAGAGAAGUUGAAUGGCAGAGAAUUUCAACUUCUACCAACUGAUAAAUCGAGAACAUCCAAGAGAACAUACAACGGGGGUUUCACUCAGAAGGAAAUACCGACAGCCCUGCAGAGAUCACUGAGGGAACUCCGGCAGGCAGCCAAUUGCACAAACUUUUGCAUUUUACAUGCUGUUUUACAGUUUCUCAUUUACAAACUGCGGCAUAUCAGAUUUCCCGAUAGUUUCCAUCCACUUAAGACAAAGGCAUACGUUUUCAAAAAACCCCAAAAACUGUUGAAAGCUCUAGAUCCGUCAUGUACGAUAGUUCAGUAUCUGAGCCGAUUGUCAGCCGCAAUUGCCGAGGCUAGGAGUACAGAUGUACCGCUGGAUGUACUCGUUAGCGAUCUGAGCAUUGAGCGGGAUGACAAUGUUCUUCUCGUUCUGGACAACGUUCAGCCACCCCCUUCUGAAAACGGCAUUGUCCUGCUCGACUGUCCUACACAAUUUGCAAAGUACGAGCAAACAUGGUAUUUUCGGACGGAUGGCAAAUCAAUCAAUAUCUGCGUCGAGUAUAAUCGCGACUUAUUCCGACCACAAACAAUGGAAAACCUUGUUGAUCGAUUUUUUUCAUCCUUAAAACAUUCGGGAAACUAUCUCCAGGCUGUAGGCUCAAGGAUAUUGCAAUAA